AUGCCAGCGUUUUCUGGCCUAUAUCUUUUCCAGAGUAGAGAACUCAUCGCCAGGCAGGCAAUGUCCUUCUCCAAGGACGUUAUGACAAUCAUGGCUCACGCAUUCAAUGCCAUGACGCAGCUCCGGAUACUCAAGGUACGGUGGCCUGAUAUGGAGGCAUUGGAAAAGUGCUUCGAGGAGCGCGACUUAUUUUUUGCGGGUAAGCCAGUGAAUCUCAAAGACUUCACGCGUCACCUCCUACUGACACUUGGCGUUCCACUAUCUGCUAUUAGAGAUAACAAAAUGAGGGCAAAGCGUAAGCCCCCACGAGAAUUUUUCAAGGCGUUCUUCGACGGAGCACAUGGUACAGCUCCGGUGUCAAGCAUGUUCAACAAAACAAUCUUCAAAUGUGGGAUCCUACAAGGCUUGUCAUGGGAUGACCUGGACUACUUGAUCUCUGCGAGCUUCUACAAAGAGAGGGUCAACGAUGAUGGAACCCAUAAGCUUGUCUCGCUUGACAUGCUAGAAAAGAAGAAGUUGAAGGAACGGAUGGGAAAGCCCAAGUCUAAACACCGACAACAGUCAAAGCCCUCUUUGGCCGGAGAGUCUCGAGAGCUUGCAUUUCCUUACAUGGAAAUGUAUAAUCUUUUCACGUCGCUGUUUGAUAAAAUCAGUGAUCGGUGCACUUUGACACUAGAGAUUUUCCUACGGGGACCUGAUUCCGACAAGAGAAAUCACUUAACAAUGCUGCAAAUUAUCUCGCUUGCCAGUCAGAGCCAUCAAUAUGAGGCUCUCCGCCAGGCAGCUGAUGAAAUUCAGAAGCAUAUCAGCUCUGAUCCGGCGAUGCUUUCCAAACGCAUCGCAGAUGUUCCCGAUUUCGACGGUGCAGUCAUCCCAGAAUCCAAGUCUUACAAAGUCCCUGCCAAGAUGUUUGUACAUCUCAGCAUUGACACAGAACCUGAGGAUGAACUCAUCAUCCUCCCUCUUGAAGCAAUGGACUCUGCCCCAAGAAAAAUGGAAGAAGGAAAUAAGGACUCGUCGGGGCAUUCGCCUGUCGAUCCUUCUUGUUCACCUCCUCAAACGAAUAGCCAGGGUCAUAUGGCUCAUUAAGCUUGAGAGAAGUAGGUUUACGUGUCCGAG